AUGAGCGCGGGGCAGGGGGCGGGGCCGGGGCCGGCCGGGCGGAGCCAAUCAGCGCCCGCCGCGCUGUAUAAAAGGGGCUCCGCGGGGCCGCCCCUGCGCAGCGGUUCCGCCCCGGCCAAAGCGCCCGCCGCCAAGAAGGCGAAGAAGGCGGCGAGCGGCUCCAAAGCCCGCAAGCCCGCGGGGCCCAGCGUCACCGAGCUGAUCACCAAGGCCGUGUCCGCCUCCAAGGAGCGCAAGGGGCUCUCGCUCGCCGCGCUCAAGAAGGCGCUGGCCGCCGGCGGCUACGAUGUGGAGAAGAACAACAGCCGCAUCCAGCUGGGGCUCAAGAGCCUCGUCAGCAAGGGCACCCUGGUGCAGACCAAGGGCACCGGCGCCUCCGGCUCUUUCCGCCUCAGCAAGAAACCGGGAGAAGUCAAGGAAAAGGCUCCCAAGAAGAGAAGUGCUGCAGCCAAACCUAAGAAGCCGGCGGCCAAGAAGCCCGCCAGCGCCGCCAAGAAGGCGGUGACAGCAAAGAAGAGCCCCAAGAAAAUAAAACUUUCAGCCAAGAAAGCCGCCAAGAGUCCCAAGAAAGCAGCAAAGACUACCAAGCCCAAGAAAGCGGUGGGAGCACGGAAGAGUCCGGCUAAGGCGAAGGCGGUGAAGCCCAAAGCAGCCAAGCCCAAAUCAGUCAAGGCAAAGGCAGCGCCCAAGAAGUAACCCAGCCUCACGGGGCAAUAAUCUUAAUUCGCUUUCAGGCCAAAGGCUCUUGUAAGAGCCACUCA